GUUACAAAAUUCUCGAAUCAAUGAUGGAAAGUGAAGGACUUACGGAAGAGCAAAAACAAGCCAAACGCACGCUACAUGCAUUGAAAGAAAGUGAAUUCUUGAGGCUGAAGCGCGCCCGCCUCACUGUGGACGAUUUCAUCCCCCUUAAGAUUAUCGGCAAGGGGGCUUUCGGCGAGGUUCGCUUGGUUCAAAAGCAAGACAAUGGUUACAUAUAUGCCAUGAAAAUUCUUCACAAAGUUGAUAUGCUGCAAAAAGAUCAGCUUAGUCUGCAGAUUCAAACCAGGCAGCCUUUCUCUUCUGUGCGCAUCCAUUACAGAGUCUCAUUUCAUAUAAUGUUUGUGAAUGUGACGAAUCGCCAUUCUUCCGGUCAAGUUGAACUUCGCAGCUCUUCUUUAGAUCUGACUCUGUUUAAAGCAUCAGAGGCUUAA